AUGCCAGUGGUGGACUUUGCGGCAUUGGGCUCAUCCGUACCCGCGCGCAGCUUUGCCCAACUCGGCUUCUCGGCGUUGUGCUUGUGCACUGCUCGCUUGGGCUUCCCGCUGCUCUUGCAACAGCUUGGCCGUGCUGGUAGCACUUUGUCCGUGCUUGGCCUGGCGCGCUUCGGGCCUUUGGUGCCUCUGGUGGACCACGCGCUGGCCGGCCCUCCGCCUUCCCUGCGGUCCUUUUCUCGGCCGAGCUCGCCGACUUCGGCAUCGAGCAUGGGGCGCCUGGGCUCCGCACCGUCGGCUCGAAGCCAUGUGCGCGCAGAGGCGUCGGCGCCCGUUGCCGGCCUGGCGCGCCUGGGCUUCGUCUCCCCACUGCCGGUGGCAGAUGCGGCAUGUCUGGACUCACCGCUGCCGGCCAGGUCCUUGGUGAGAAUGGGCCCUGCUCCCUUUGUCUUGGACUUCUUGAGGCUUGGCCUGAUCUUGCCGGCAAGGGCUCUUGCGCGAUGUGGCUUGUUUGCGCUCAUUUUCGGCUGCCUGAGGUUUGGCAGCCUGUCCUCACUGCCGGUCAUGGAUGCUGUGACUACUGGUUCGCCCACGUCAAUCCGAUCCUUCGGUCGCUUGGGAUUGUCAUUGCCAGUGCUGGACUAUUUGUCCUCGGGCUUGUCAAUGCCACCCAGACAACUUGCGCACCCAGAUGCCCUUAUGCCCGCUUACGGCCGCAUUCGUGCGGGCUUCCUGCUGCCUGUCAUGGACUACACUGAGCUGGGGCCAUCCCUGUUCUCACACAGCUCCGGAUGCUUUGGCUUUCUGCCAUUUGUCUUUGGCAUGGAGCAACUGGGUUUGUUUUCGCCUUUGCGCUCCUCCGCUCGUCUGGACCCGUUCUUGACAAUGUUGGGACUGUCCAGGUUGGGCUCCGUCUUCUUGCUGCCGCUGGCUGGAGCGUCUGCUUUCGGAUUUCCGAUGCCACCUCGCAGCUUGGCCCGAGUGGGCCUUGCAACUUCUGUCAUGGACUACACAGCUGCCGACUCGUCCUUGCUCACCAGGAGCCCCAGCAGACUCGACUCCUUCGCUUUAGCAUUGGACUUCGCUGGUGUGGGCCUCUUGAUUUUGACCCGCAGCUAUGGGCAUCUGGGCUCGAGCUUGCUUCUGGCUGGCGUGGCCUGCUCAGGCCUCGCAAUUUCUGCCUCGAAUUCCGCGAGCUUGGGUUCUGCCGUGCUUCCACGCAGCUCUGGUUGCUUGGGCGUCUCCUCCUCGGCACUGAAGUUCGCGCAGGCCGGGCCCUUGCCGCCUCUGCGUAGCCCUGCCCGAGUCAGCCCCUCGACCUCAACGCCCGGCUUGCUGCGCGCGGGCUUGGUCUCCUUUCUGCCCUUGGCGGACGGCUCUACGCCCGGCUCGCCGACGUUUUUGCGGAGCCUCUGCCAGGCGGCGCCCGCCACGCCCAUUUCGGACGCCUGCACUCUGGGCUCGUUGCCGCCGGCCCGAAGCCUCGUGAGGUCCGGACCCACGCCAUCCCUCCUGGGGAUGGCCAGGUCCGAUUACGCCUUCUCGCUCCCCGUGCAGGACUUUGUGUUCCUGGCCUCGGCGGUGUCCGUGAGAAGCCACACGCGCCCAGGCUCCUCCACUUUGGUCUUGAACUUUGCGCAUCUUGGCCCAUUUUCGCCUUUGCGUGACUGCUCUCGAGUGGGCAGCCCUUUGCUGGUUUGUGGAGUGAUGUGCUUGGACUUGCUGAUGCCUCCCCCUGACAGCUAUUGCCUGGAAUCGCCGCCCUUGCUACGAAGCCUCGCACACUUGGAGGCGUUGUUGCCAGUGCUGAACCGCAUGACUUUGGGCCCCUUGCCAUUUUCACGGCAACACGCGCGUCUUGGCUUGAGCGUGUUUGUGAUGGGCCUGUCCCGGUCAGGCAGCGUGUUCAAGCUGUCUGUGGUAGAUGCAGUAGCCCUCGACUCCCUGACGCCUUUGCAAAGCUCCGCCAGGUCAAGCUCGGCAGUGCCCGUCCUCGACUUCUUGCAUCCUGGCUUUUCCGUGCCCAUCCGAUCUUAUGUAUGUGCAGGUCUCUUGACGCCGAUGGCUGGCUUGUCCCGCCUGGGCUUCGUCUCCUCGCUUUCGCUGGUGGAGGUGGCCACCCUGGGCCUGUCCAUGCCUUUGCACAGUUCGUGCCGUGCUGACCCAGCCCCGCUCACCUCGGACUUCUCCAUGUUGGGCCCCUCUCCCUUGUUGCGCGACCCCGUCCGACUAGCUGACACGACGUCCGCCAUGGGCCUGGCGCGCUUCGGGUUUCUCACGCCAGCAUGGGAUACGGCGAGUGUGGGGCCGACUCUGUUCCUCCGCAGCUCCGCAUGCUUGGGCUUGUCGGCAUUUGUGUUGGACUUUUCCUCCAUGGGACCGUUUCUGUCUGCGCGCAGCCACGUGCGGACUGGCGUGUCGACGUCGGCCUCUGGCGCGGCCCGGCCGGGCUUCGUGUUCUCGCUGCCGGCGGUGGAUGUGUGCCACAUGGGCCCUCUUUUGCCCACUAGGAGCGUGGGACAGUUGGGGUUUGUGAUGUUGGCGCCUGACCUCUUGAGGCCCGACUUCAGUCCAUCAAUCCGUAGCGCUGCACACCUUGGCUUUGUGAUGCUGCUGGCGGGCUUGGCGCGUUUGGGCCCAGUGUCCUCGACGUCUGUGACAGACAGCACUUGGCUGGGCUUUUCGGCGCCUCCGCGCAGUUCCUCGCGCGUGGGCAGCUGCAUGCCCGCCUUCGCCUGCACCGACUUGGGAAGUUCGCCUUUGGUGCGGCAGCAUGCGCGGUCAGGACCUGCGAUGCCGGCCUUUGGGCUGGGGCGCUUCGACUUCUCGGCGUCCGUUUCGGACAGCGCCCAACCCGGCUUUUCCGCAUUCCUGCGCAGCCUCCUCUGUGUUGGCCCCGCGCUCCCCAUCACGAACCUGGCUCAUUUGGGGCCAGCCUUAUCACUGCGUAGCUCCUCCCAAGUGGAAGUCUUGCCGUCGAUCUUUGGCAUCGCUAGGCUGGGGCUUUUGUUCAAACUGCCAGCGCUGGAUGUGUGCACUCUCGGCUCUUCACCACCUGUGCGCUCUCUCGCAUGCCUUGGCUCGCCGCUGUCCACUCUGGAUUCUUUGUCUCUCGGGUCCCCGACGCCUUUGCGGAAUCAUGCUCGCUCAGAGUUGUUUAUGUUUGUUUCGAGCAGGACCUUCCCGGGUGCUCCUCCGCCUGCCGCGGAUUCUGCGCAAAUGGGCUCUUCGUCCUCGAUCAGAUCCUUUGCUCGCGCCGGGCCCCCCACCUCAGUGCCAAGGCUCGGCUUGCCGGGCUCGAGCACGCCGCCGCGCAGCCGCGCCCAAGCCGGGCCCUCGCUUCCCGCCUUCGGGCUCGCGCGCCCGGGCUCGGUGUCCUCCCUGCCAGUGCUGGACAGAAGCCACCUGGGGCCGGCGCCUUUGACGCACACCUCUGCAAGGCUGGACGUGUUGAUGUUGGCCUUUGACUGUGUGAAGGUGGGACCCUUGUCAUUGCUUCAUAGCCAUGCCCACUUGGAGUUGCCAGUGUUUGUCUCUGGCCUGACAUGCAUUGGCCUUGUCUUCUCUCUGUCCUUGGUGAGCUGCUGCACUAUGGGUCCCCUGCUGCCAGUCCGCUCCUCCACGCGUGUGGGCUCCUCCAUGCCAUUGCUUGAUCGCAUGAGUAUUGGCCUCACCACGCUUUUGCGGAGUUCUGCCAGGCCAGGCCUUUCCGCGCCCCUGUUGGGACUGAGCCGCGCGGGAUCGGUUUUCGCGCUCCCAGUGGCUGACAGCUGCAUCUCGGGCUUCUUGACGCUUUUGCGGAGCUUCGCGCAAGCCGGCCUCGCGACCUUGGCCUUGGAGUUUGCGUACAUGUCCUCGUUGAUGUUGGCGAGGUCCUUCGGUCGCCCAGGCUUUCAGGUGUCACUGUUGGGGGGAUCGCGCUGUGGGCCGCCCUCCUUUGUGGCUGACUUCGCCUUCUUGGGCUCGGCAGCUUUGGUGCGGUCCCUCGCCCGAUUUGGCAGCGGCUUGCCUGUGUUGGGUUUCUCCCACCCAGAAUUUUCGCCAUUGGCCCGAGGCUACACCUGCUUGGGCUCCUGUGCGCCAGUGGUUGGCUUGGUUCGCCUUGGCCCUGUGUCCUCACCUUCAUUGUAUGACAUGGCUACCCUGGGAAGCUUGAUGUCGCCGAGGUCCUCCGGCCAGUCAGGCAGCUCCCUGCCCGCUUACGACUACGCCAACUUUGCUUCCUUGCUGCCCCCGAGGUCUUUGGCCCACCUGGGCGCGCCCACCUCCACCUUGGACGCUGCUCACGUGGGAUCCUUGCCUUUGACCAGGAGCUUCACGCGCUCCGGGUUGGUGCUGUCCAUUCUGGGCAACGUGUACCCGGGCUCGCUCUACACACUCUCCGUGGUCAACGCCUUGCACAUUGGUCCCACCUUCUCAGCCCGGAGCCUUGCACGCUCGGACCCGGCGACCUCCGUCUCCGACGCCGGCUUCUUCGGCCUAUCCUUGCCCCUCCGCUCCCUCGCCCGCGUCGGCUUCCCCCCUUCAGCCUUCGACAUGACGCAGCUCAGCCCUCCCCCGUCCUUGCGUUCCAUGACGCGCUCGGGCAGUCUGGUGCCCGUGACGGGCCUGUCGCGUUUGGGGUUUGUGUCCUUGCUGCCAGCGGCGGGCUUUGUGCACUUUGGUAGCUUCAUGCCUUUGAGGUCCCCGGCUCGCUUGGGAUCCGCGGCUCCGGUGUUGGACCAUUUGCGGCCUGGUUCCACACUGCCUGCCAGGAGCCACUCUCAUGCGGGCGCGCCCUUCUCCGUGCCACAGUUCGGCCAUGCUGGAUCUGCGCUGCUUGCCCGGUCACUCGCGUGUCCAGAACUGCCGGCGCCACCAUUGGGCAUUUCUAGACCUGGCCUCGUGUUCCCGCUGCCGGCGGCGGAGUUUGCGAAGCUGGGCUUACCGCCACCUGCACAAAGCCGUGGGUGAGCUGAAUUGGCGCUGCCCACACCGGGCUUCAAUUAUUCAGGUUCCUCGCUGUUGCUCCAAACCUCCGCGUGUCCGAGCUCCGGCUUGAGCUUGCUGGGAGUGUCCCGGUUGGGCAGCCCGAUUUUCCCCUUUGCCACGUCAAGUCCUGGCUCUUCAACGUCCACCCAAAGCUUUACCAGGCUUGAGCCACUCACGCCUUUGCCGGAAAUGCUGCAUGCAGGCUUCACUUUGCUCCUGCAACAGCAUGCACGUAUGGACUCCUCCCUGUCGGCCGUCGGCUUGGCCCGUGUUGGUUUCGUGUCCCUGCUGC